AUGGCUCAAUUCGACCAAUCCUUCCUGCUAGACACUCAGAUUUAUGGUCAAAACGAAUUUCCCGAUAGCACCACCAACCACAUCAAUUCGCCGAUACCACCUUUGGUCCAUGGUAAUGGCAUAGCACAUUCAUCAAACAACUUGACAAGGAAUGACGCGCCAACGUCAAGCACUGAUGAAACACCCUCUUCACUAACGAGAUUGUUGAAGCAAAUGGUGGAGCUGUAUAUCGAUGCAAGAAAGGAAACCAACGAAGCGAAUACCAUAUUGCGCGAGGUGAACACGAUAGUGCAUGAGGUGAAAACAAUAUCGCAGAAAAAUCGAGAAGAGCUGAGGAGGAGGGAAGAAGAUUCGAGGAGGAGGGAAGAAAAGACCAUGAGAGUAUUGGAGGAAGUGACCCAGUGGAUAAAGAGGCAGGAGCAUGCAAAGAAGCGCACGUUGGAACCGCCACUGAGAGACGGACAAUACCUACCAGAGCCAGAUAUGAGGCCUCGAGGCGUGCCUUAUGUAUCUCAAAAUCCUCGCCAGUAUGGUCUUGCAACAGAGCCGCAUUGGCCUACCGGCGGAUACACCACAGAGCCUUACCAUCCGCGCGACGCAUGGUCAUCUUCGUAG